AAGUCGAAAAAUGGAUAAUUUGAGCGAGUGUAACCGAUUGCCAUCCCUAUCAGCCCAAGUGCCCAUGGAGGUUAUCAUAGUCAUAAGACUCAUAACUCGUGCUCGAUCGAAGCCUAAGGGUUACUUUUGUUCUCAUCUUCAUCCCACAAUAUUCUUCCAUACUAGAAAUCCCGAAAGAAAAAAGGAUGAUACUUUCUCAGCUUCCCAAACUUCAAACCCAUUUCCUCCUUCCUCUAAAACCCAAAACCUUAACAACCCAUCUCAAACCAUCAUCUCUUCUUCCAUUUAACCACUUACCCAUUUCCUCUCUCUUCUCCUCUUUAUCCCCAACUCUUCCUACCCACAACCCCAAAUCCCCAAAUUUAGUUUUUGAUGAUGAAGAUGAAGAACCCCAAAUUGAUGUUUCUAUUGAUAAGCUAUUUGUACCGCCUGAAACUGAUAUUUCAUCAUUACAAUCAUUACCCAAUUCAAAGAAUUCAGCUUUUGGUGCAAGGAUUUUGAAGGGUUCUAAUAUUGUACUUAGCAAGUAUGCUAGUAAUGCUCAAGUUUUUAAUGCUGAGUUUGUUAAGAGUAGUGUUAAAACUGAGGAGUGUCCUUCUGAUGGGUUGCCUGAGUUUGCUCUUGUUGGUAGGUCUAAUGUUGGUAAAUCUUCACUUCUUAAUUCACUUGUUAGGAGAAAGAAGCUUGCCCUUACUUCUAAAAAGCCUGGUAAGACUCAAUGCAUCAACCAUUUUCGAAUCAAUGAUAGCUGGUACCUCGUGGAUUUGCCUGGAUAUGGUUUUGCAGCUGCACCUGGAGAAGUGAGAACAGAAUGGGAUAAGUUCACCAAGAACUACUUUCUGCAAAGAUCGACCUUGGUCUCAGUAUUCCUUCUCAUAGACGCAAGCAUUCCUGCCAAGAAAAUUGACCUUGAAUAUGCUAGUUGGUUGGGUCAAAAUAAGAUUCCGAUGACAUUAGUGUUCACCAAAUGUGACAAGAGGAAAAAGAAGAAGAAUGGAGGUAAAAGACCCGAAGAAAACGUGCAAGACUUUCAAGAGCUGAUACGUGAGUUCUUCGACGCAGUUCCCCCUUGGAUAAUGACUAGUAGUGUAACCAAUCAAGGCCGAGAUGAAAUACUAUUGCACAUGGCUCAACUACGGAAUUAUUGGCUCAAGCACUAGUAGACUAAAGAUGCAUCAUCGUUCCUCAACGAUUUGGCAAAGGUUUCCGUGCUCAGCAAAGAUCCAUCAAAGGUUAAAAUCUCGUAUACAUAGUAUUAACCCAUUUGAGUAAUUACUUUGCUCUCGGAUUAUGUUCCUCUCGAGCUAGUUACUUGUUGAUUGCAGAUGCUUAAAAUUGCGUAGAAGCAGCCCUGCUCCGGAUGCAUUACCUUUUUCGACUGACCAUUGUAGGCUAUUGCUCUAGCUAGUAAUAUAUUUUUUUCUGCCAGUGGUAUAUUUAUGUAUUAGUAUUUAGUACUGUAAAUGCACGCUUUUAUAGUUCAAAAUGCUGCUAUAUGGAAUUGUAUGUUGCAGGCUUGCAGCCAUGGCAUUGAAUAGCUUUAUCAAUGAAACUAACCCUAGGCCCCAAGUCAAAAAUCUUUCCAUAUUUGAUCUUUUUGUUGCUGGGAAUCCUUUUUAAAGGUUAAUUGGAGGUCGAAAACAACUUUGUUGUUAUCACUAAUAUGUGUCAUGCG